GGUUGCUAGGUGUUGUUUUUUGAAUAUCAGUCAGAAUAGAAUAUUAUGCUCCCACAGUGGCGCUUUUUAAAAUUUCUGACGUAUUCCGACUCAUAACUCGCCUGCGAUCGGAUACUGUCAGCAAACCUCACAUCUCUUAAGCAACUUUUUGCAUUUCUGAACAUCUCUAUUCACCUUUUGAACAUCUUUGCCACUAAUCUGAGCAUUUUCCUACACAAAUGUCAUCUUCUGAAGAAAUGCCGUAUUACGCAAGUUGGGAUUCGUCAAGCUCUGAACCGUGGGUUGAGGAUGGUGAUGUCCAGCACCUUGUCCCUGCCCCCAAUGUGUACAAUCAGGAACAGGACUUCACUCCCAUCACUCAGGGCCAAGCGUAUUACAGCCUGCCUGCUCAGCCAUAUUACGCAAGUUGGGAUUCGUCGAGCUCUGGACCGUGGGUUGAGGAUGGUGAUGUCCAGCACGUUAUCCCUGCCCCCCACGUGUACCACCAGGAACAGCAAUUCACCCCCAGCACUCAGGGCCAGGUGUAUUUACUCUUGCCUGUCCAGCCGUAUUACGCAAGUUGUGAUUCGUCCAACUCUGGACCGUGGGUUGAGGCUGGUGACGUCCAACACGUUGUCUCUGCGCCCCACGUGUACCACCAGGAACAGGACUUCUCCCCCAGCACUCAGGGCCCAGCAUAUUACAGCCUGCCUGCCCAGUUGUAUUACCCCAGCUGGGACACUAUUUCCUGCUCUGGGCCGUGGGUUGAAGCUGGUGACCUGCCACAACCUAUCCCAUCCUCCCACGUGUACCACCAGGAGCAGAUAUUCACUCCCAGCACUCAUGGCCAGCAGAUAGAGCUUCCAGAGAUGGCUGCACUGUCAGAGGACCAAAAUUGCAGCUCCAUGCCUGAAUAUCUCGGGACCUAGUAGAAGACAUCAGGGCCACAGAUCCAUAGACCAAGUCUCUACUGAGUUAUAAUGGACUUUUAAAUAAGGAUUUACAUUGUCGAAACAAAGCUUACAAGAUUUUUAAUGCUUACAAUACUUUAUAUAUAUAUAUAUAUUUCUAAGAAGAACAUAUUGAAAUCAUUCUCAUGGCUGGAUCGGGAAGCUGUUGCAAGGUUGCGAUGGACUUUAACGGGAAACCUGGCAAGCACAUCACACACACGAACGAUAUUGUUGCCAAACUUAUUAAGAAAUUCAAAUCGACUGCGGACCAACCGAGAAGUGGACAUCCACAAACAUCCACUGACAAAGGCACAAUCGACGUGGUGCUGGCAAACAUAGUCCCUUAUGUAUGGAGACUUUUGGGACACCCUGUAUAUUCCCCAAGUAACUGAUUUACUACAAAUCAAGGACAGACAAACAAGCAAACAAAAUAAUAAUAAUAAAAUCUGGAUUAAAAAACAUCUGGUGUUUCUAAUGUUUUAAAAAAAAUAUAUUUUCUGAAACACUAUCCCAGAGGUUAAGAAUGAAAAUUCUUCAUUGUCUGAAUUGUGAGUAAUCAGGAUUAACAGUGUAUCAGAUGAGUGAAGCGCUCAGGAUGGACCAGGAUGCUUUAGGACAUCAGAAAAAUCUUUGAAGCAAAACAAUUUGGAUCUUUAUAAAUAAGACUUUGUAGUCAAGCCAGACUUAACGAAAGGCAAACGUAAUGUGUUUUAGUUCACGCAAAUGUUGUACUUUCUUUUCUUGGUAAGGAAGGUGAACUAGAUGAACUAGGUGAAUGUUACAUCUAAAUAGUGUAAUCUAGACAUUUUAAAAGCAAUAGAUUCCCAGUAUCAUGUAGGAAUAGUAUAUGCAUUAUUUUGGGAUUUUUUUUCCCAAAUGCAUUUGUAUGGAUAAAAAUGUCUGUGUUUUAUGUGAUAAACCAUCGAAGUCCUGGUUUCACUGGAAACGGCCCAAUCAUAUAUUAAUUUAAAUAUCGUGUUAAAUAAGAAACUAAUGGCUGAAACAAGGCUCUGAUGACAAUUAUUUCGAGAUUGUGUCCAUGCUUUUAAGAAGACUUGCAGCUUAUUUUUGGUCCUGUUAACCUUGUUGAGACAUUUGUCCAAUUUUUCACUGUACCAUAGAAUAGAUUUUGUAAUGAUUGUUUUUUUCAUGUGAGAUACUACAUUAUGCAAGGUAACGCUCAGAUUUAUAUUUAACCCAUCAUUAGGUCAAGUUGAACUCUGUCUCCUCAUGGUACACUGCAUAAUUCACUUGUGGAAGGUUGUCUAUGCUGCAGCUGUGAUUGGAUCUGUAACGUCCUUGCUCAAAUUAAUGCCAAACCUCAGAAUAAAUUGAGUGUGUGAUUAAUCCUGUGAGUAGAACCAU